GAGAUCAUCUUUCACCCUAGACGAAUAUGGCGGUUAGCGAGCUGAAAGCCUGGUUUCAGUUUCAGGAUGUGUGUGACAACCGUAAACAAGUCUUCCAUUCGAGUUGUUUUAUCAUAGGCCCCUAUGCGAACUGAAUUGCAGAACGGCAAUCGUAAUUUGCCCAAGAAUAGAAUCCUCGAGUGGUUAACUUCGAGAUUGUUGCUCAUUUUUGAAAGAGGUUUGUUUGCCUUGCUUUAUUUGUUAACACGAUCAACUGGUUUUGAAAUGGAAAGUGACGAUGUGUUCUCGAACGAAGCAACGAAACCUCGAGAUCCCAACUCUCUAGAUAGAAAACGUGCUCAAAUCAAAUCUCACAUGGCGAACGAUGUUCGGGACAGAAAUCGCGCCAUAUCUGUACCUCAUAUGCCCGGAGAGAAACAUACUGCAAGUAAUCCAGUGAAAGAUUUCAUCUCGAACUUUGUCAAUAGGAAAGGACCUAAGAAACGAAGCACCAUAAAACGAUCUGUGACCACGGAAAAUGUUAGCGACGAGAAAGCGCUAGUUAGACAUGUCGGGAGAGGACAUACGUUUAUUCAACAUCAACUACGAAAUCCUACAUGGUGCGAUUGUUGUGGAGAGUUUAUUUGGGGACUUUUCAAGCAAUGUGUGCGCUGCAAAAAUUGCAAGUAUACUUGUCACAGACGAUGCAAAGAGGAUGUGGAUUUAGACUGUACUGGAGGCUGGCUGUAUGAAAGAAUGAUGUCAGUUGAUGAGGUGACCAUGAAGACAUUGCAUCUUGUAGAUCAGGGAGAGAAGAGGAAAGAACCGUUUAUUCUGUACACAGACUCCCCAACAGGAAGCCUCCUUCGUGAGAAAAUUGAUGAAUACAAUUCAAGUACAACUGGACUUAUAAUGUCUAUGAGGACUGAGGACACAUACCAAGGCUUUAUCCGUGUUAAUAUGAACUUACUCCGUCCAAUCCACAUCAUCGAAGGAGAGAGACCUCUGUCAAUUUUUCAGACUGCUGUAAAGUCAAAGGAUGAUGAUGAUCUGAAUCAGAAGACUUCUCAGCGGACAUCAUUUUUCCUUCCACUUGAGACUGAGAAAGCUUUACAUGUAACUAGUGAAACUACUGUUCAUCAGGUCAUUGUAGCUCUUCUCAAGAAGUUCAAAGUUGCUGAUAAUCCAAGAAAAUUUGCAUUAUUUGAGUGUUACCAGGAAGAAGAUGACCAUAUUAUUCUUCGUCGGAUGUCUGACUUUGAGAAACCCCUGGUGCUAAGGUUACUUUGGGGUGGAGCAGAUAUAAGACACAAAUUCUCACUCCAGGAGAAUGAAACAGGAGAUAUUGUGUGGGAGGUAUUCUCCAUACCAGAGCUUCAAAAUUUCAUGAAGAUACUGGACAAAGAAGAGGAGGAACACAUAUUGCAGGUGGAAGAAAAGUACAGACUUUACAAGGAAAGAUUAGAGCAGGCUUUGGCACUGGUACAACCAAACCAAACAGUCUGCGAUGAAGAAAAACCACCUUCUGAUGAGUCUGGUGAAACAGCAAGAUUAUAACUAGAAAGAGGUUCUGUUAUAGAUUUUGUAUUAUAUAUGAGUUUAGAAUACUUACACCUACAAAUAGAGAAGGAUAUUUUAAACAGCUGCAUUGACAAAUUGUAUUAGUUUUAACACUGAUAAUAAUUUAUUGUAACGGCAAUUGCCUUUACAUUGUCACUUUUAAAAUGAACACAUACGUGCCAGGUGUUUCAUUAUGCAUCAUGUCAUGGAAUUUUCUGGCUUCAAUUCUUUAACUCCUAAAAUCUGAUCAUUAAUCCUCCCCGCUAGCUGCAACACAUUUCCUUGUAAAUCGCUUACGAGACUUUGGCAACUUCUACCUGAUAAGUUUGAUUUUUCUCAUUAGCUGUUUGCUGGAUAAUGUAUGGAUACUAUAUGGAGAAGAUACAUCUUAAUCACUUCUAGGUGUUAAAAGAUUAAGUGUGUGAGCUAGUUUUUAUUCAGGUAUGUAGUUUAGUUACCUAUUACUCUUUACCAGUGCCUUGUAACCUUAUUUCUUAAUGAAAACCCUGAUACCAGUAUGUAAUAAAUACAAUGGAUGAAUAUCAGUAUUUAUAAUUGGUGGUUCUCAAAUAGCCCAAAGAAUAAACUUUUGAUAACUUUUA